UUUGUUCGUGGAACUUGCUUGGCUAGUUAGUUGGCUUUGACCCUAUUUCCCCUCUUUUUUUUCCUUUUCUUUCCCCUCUCUUUCCUCUUUCUACGUUCCAUUGUAGGAAAAAAGAUUAUCGAUCGUGUGUCGGCAGUGUAUGACGAGCGCUUCGGAGCUAUUCCACAGCAGGAGGCAUCGUUUGGGACGAUACAAUAACAAUCUAGGGCUUGACUCCGACCAUGUUCCCGACCUCCACCAUCCUCGCCGCCUUUCUCGCCGCCUCCCUCACUCUCCCUCUUCCUCCGAGCGUGCAGCAGCAGCUGAUAGAUUCGAGAGGAGGUAUCGGCGGUCGCUGUUGAAUGCGGAAAGCGUGAGAGAUGCGUUUGCUCCUCCCUCCGAUAGACUUCCUGUUGGUGUCUUACUUGCACGCGCCAGGCUCGUUGAGAGACUCAGAGGAGACCCUCUCUCGCCUAACAGGCACUCAAUAGGCAGGGAUCAAGAAAGUGAUGAUGUUGUUGUUUCUGACUUGACUUCUCAAAUGGGAAGGUCCCAUCUAUUGCAAGAGAAACCACCUGGACUGUCUCAGGAAGCCCUAGAGUCUUUACAUGUUGAAGUUUUUAGCAGCAGGGAUACAGGUGAGGAUUGUAGCAUAUGCUUGGAAUCUUUUGUGGAUGGGGAUCAGCUCAUAUGUUUGCCAUGUCACCAUAGAUUUCACUUUGCUUGUUUGGAUCCUUGGGUUCGCUGUUGCGGAGACUGUCCCUACUGUCGACGACAUAUACUUGUAAAUAAAUAAAGAAAAUAACCACUCACUAGUUAUAGUGACGAGAAUGCUGCAAUACAGUUGCAUGCCUUUUGUAGUGUUUUAUCUUAAAAUUAACUAACUUUGCAGUUUUCCAUAAUGCAGUUUUUGUUGGGAAAAGAAGAUAUUCUUGUGUCAUUGUUUCAGCAACAGAAAUCUUGCAGUGUAUAAUGAAUGAAUUAAGAUGGCUGUAACUAAUAUUAGUUACUAGUUUUGCAGUA